CUGUGGCGUGUUCCCCGUCUUCUCAGCAGAGCAAGGCUGAAGGGUACCUGGACUUGUUGAUGUUGAGUUGGCGUUUUGGAUGAAGAGCCAAAGAGAGUGUAAUCACUACCACAAAUAAGAAUUGAACAAUUGAACUAUUAAUCAAGUGCAAUGACCGUCCGGCGAGUGAACGUGCUUAUUCUUGUGCUGCUUGCCAUUGCCUUUUUAAUCAUUGUACAUCGAAAUCUGCUUAACCUCAAUGAUUUCCUGAAGAAAGAGAAUCCAGAGACCGUGCCUGGGAUGAUACUGCCAUUUGAGACUGAUUUCCUAUUCGAUCACAAGGUCAUCAGGACCGGCGAUGAGAUUCCAGUGCUCAUCACUGCUCCAGAGGAGAGACUGGGCGCUGCGCUCGCCGCUAUGAACAGCAUCUACCGCAAUAGCAAAGCCAACAUAGUGUUCAACGUUGUAACCCUAAAUGAAUCUGUGGGUCAUAUCAGAGCAUGGCUGAGUAAGACUGAUAUGAAACACAAGAUCGUCGUAUUUGAUCCAAAGAUCCUUGCCGGAAAGAUUUCUGAAGAUCCUCAGAAGAUGGAGGCAUUGAAGCCGUUGAACUUUGCCAGAUUCUACAUGCCAUUGUUCUUGCCUGAUGCAGAGAAGGCUAUUUACCUAGACGAUGACAUAAUUGUACAAGGGGAUAUUCGGGAGCUUUUUGAGACCAAUCUUAAGUUAGGACAUGCAGCUGCCUUCUCAGAAGAUUGUGAUUCUGCCUCCUCCAAAGGCAUCAUCAGAGGAGCCGGAAAUCAGAACAGCUAUAUUGGCUUUCUGGACUUCAAGAAAGAGGCCAUCAAGAAGCUUGGAAUGAGAGCAAACACUUGCUCAUUCAAUCCUGGAGUCAUUGUGGCCAAUUUAACCGAGUGGAAACAGCAGAAUAUCACCAGCCAGCUUGAGUUCUGGAUGGAGCGCAACGCAAAGGAAGACCUUUCCAGUAAGACUUUAGCAGACAGCAUCACAACGCCACCUUUGCUCAUUGUAUUUUACAAGCAUCACUCAAGCAUUGAUCCCAUGUGGCAUGUCCGACACCUCGGGGCAACUGGAGCAGGGAAUCGGUAUUCUCCUCAGUUUGUGAAGGCUGCCAAACUUCUUCAUUGGAAUGGACAUUAUAAACCAUGGGGCAGGACCUCAUCUUUCUCUGAUAUUUGGGACAGGUGGUACAUUCCAGAUCCCAUAGGUAAAUUCCACCCAAUCCGAAGACACACCGAGGACAAAUAGAUUGGUUUUAACGACAAACUUUUUUGACCCGUUGUAGUUUAACAUGUCAGCUUGCCUAACUGCUCUGAUGGAGGAAAGAUUUGGAACACAUUUUACUUUGUUCCGGCAAAACAUGGACCUUCUAAAUGUGCUUGCUAGAUCAAACCUAACAAUACCACAAUUACUGGACCAAAAGGCCACAUUCAGCACCAAUGCACUACCUCAGCAUUCGCUGUCUAAUUGUAAAGUUAUAACACUAAUACAUUUAUGGUACAGCUUAUAAAAUCUUAAUUUUGUUACAUUCAUGCAUUUUUUUUAUUUUUAGGUAUAGUAUCUAACCAAACAUUUCAGCUGGAAACUGUGGACCCAUUGCUAGCUCAGUAUUACAAUUUAAUUUCAUUAGAUAUUUUAGACCGCUUACCAGGGUAGUUCACCUAAAAGUUAAAAUUCAUGAGGUCAGUAAAUGUUGACAAAGCUCACACAAACCUCUGACAUUAUUUGACACUGCAGAAACCACUUUCUGUCUUUAUAUGGUCAAAUGUUUACAUUAGCAUUCUGUAAUACUAUAAACAUUUCCAUA